AUGGUGACUGCGACAGGUACAAAAGGAUACCCUACCACGCCUGUCCAAGCGACAACCGCAGAACCGUCUAUCGGCAGCACAACAGACUCUGAGCGCGCCUCAGCUGAUACGACUCCUGCUGCUAAAGAAGAACAAACAGGAAGCACGACAGAGGCAACCUCUCCAACAUUAACCACAUCGGAGGGAACACCAGCUACGCAACCCACUUCUACAGGAGCAGUGGCAGAUGAGACGACAUCUAGCGUCACAACGGCGAAACCCAGCUCAAUGGUGCCUGCCGCAGGUACAACAGGAUCGCCUAUCACGCCUGUCGAAGGGACAACCGCAGAACCGUCUAUCGGCAGCACGACAGACUCUGAGCGCGCCUCAGCUGAUACGACUCCUGCUGCUGCAAAAGAAGAACAAACGGGAAGCACGAUAGAGGCGACCUCUCCAACAUUAACGACAUCGGAGGGAACACCAGCUACGCAACUCACUUCUACAAGAGCAGUGGCAGAUGAGACAUCUAGCGUCGCACCAGCAAAAUCCAGUUCAAUGGUGACUGCCGCAGGUAAAACAGGAUCGCCUGCCACGCCUGUCGAAGCGACAACCGCAGAACCGUCUAUCGGCAGCACGACAGAGUCGGAGCGCGGCUCAGCUGAUUCGGCACCUGCCGCUGCAAAAGAACACACAGGAAGCACUACAGAGGCAAACUCUCCAACAUUAACGGCAUCGGAGGAAACACCAGCUACGCAACCCACUUCUACAAGAGCAGUGGCAGAUGAGACAUCUAGCGUCACAACGGCGGAGCCCAGCUCAAUGGUGACUGCCGCAGGUACAACAGGAUCGCCUACCACGCCUCUCAAAGCGAGAACCGCAGAACCGUCUAUCGGGAUCACGACAGAGUCUGAGCGCGCCCCAGCUGAUACGACUCCUGCUGCUGCAAAAGAACACACAGGAAGCACGACAGAGGCAAAUUCUCCAACAUUAACUACAUCGGAGGGAACACCAGCUACGCAACCCACUUCUACAAGAGCAGUGGCAGAUGAGAGAUCUAGCGUCACAACGGCGGAGCCCAGCUCAAUGGUGACUCCGACAGGUACAACAGGAUCGCCUACCACGCCUGUCCAAGCGCCAACCGCAGAACCGUCUAUCGGCAGCACGACAGACUCUGAGCGCGCCUCAGCUGAUACGACUCCUUCUGCUAAAGAAGAACAAACAGGAAGCACGACAGAGGCAACCUCUCCAACAUUAACGACAUCGCAGGGAACACCAGCUACGCAACCAACUUCUACAAGAGCAGUGGCAGAUGGGAUAUCGAGCGUCACAACGGCGAAAUCCAGCUUGAUGGUGACUGCGACAGAUAGAGCAGGAUCGCUUACCACACCUAUCGAAGCGACAACCGCAGAACCGUCUGUCGGCAGAACGACAGACUCUGAGCGCGCCUCAGCUGAUACGACUCCUGCUGCUGCAAAAGAAGAACAAACGGGAAGCACGAUAGAGGCGACCUCUCCAACAUUAACGACAUCGGAGGGAACACCAGCUACGCGACUCACUUCUACAAGAGCAGUGGCAGAUGAGACAUCUAGCGUCACAGCAGCAAAAUCCAGUUCAACGGUGACUGCCGCAGGUAAAACAGGAUCGCCUACCACGCCUGUCGAAGCGACAACCGCAGAACCGUCUAUCGGCAGCACGACAGAGUCUGAGCGCGCCUCAGCUGAUACGACUCCAGCUGCUGCAAAAGAACACACAGGAAGCACGACAGAGGCAACCUCUCCAACGUUAACUACAUCGGAGGGAACACCAGCUACGCAACCCACUUCUACAAGAGCAGUGGCAGAUGAGACAUCUAGCGUCACAACGGCGGAGCCCAGCUCAAUGGUGACUCUGACAGGUACAACAGGAUCGCCUACCACGCCUGUCCAAGCGCCAACCUCAGAACCGUCUAUCGGCAGCGCGACAGACUCUGAGCGCGCCUCAGCUGACACGACUCCUGCUGCUAAAGAAGAACAAACAGGAAGCACGACAGAGGCAACCUCUCCAACAUUAACGACAUCGCAGGGAACACCAGCUACGCAACCCACUUCUACAAGAGCAGUGGCAGAUGGGAUUUCUAGCGUCACAACGGCGAAAUCCAGCUCAAUGGUGACUGCGACAAAUAGAGCAGGAUCGCUUACCACACCUAUCGAAGCGACAACCGUAGAGCCGUCUGUCGGCAGAACGACAGACUCUGAGCGCGCCUCAGCUGAUACGACUCCUGCUGCUAAAGAAGAACAAACAGGAAGCACGACAGAGGAAACCUCUCCAACAUUAACGACAUCGCAGGGAACACCAGCUACGCAACUCACUUCUACAAGGGCAGUGGCAGAUGAGACAUCUAGCGUCACAACGGCGAAACCCAGCUCAACGGUGACUGCCGCAGGUAAAACAGGAUCGCCUACCACGCCUGUCGAAGCGACAACCGCAGAACCGUCUAUCAGCAGCACGACAGAGUCUGAGCGCGCCUCAGCUGAUACGACUCCAGCUGCUGCAAAAGAACACUCAGGAAGCACGACAGAGGCAACCUCUCCAACAUUAACUACAUCGGAGGGAACACCAGCUACGCAACCCACUUCUACAAGAGCAGUGGCAGAUGAGACAUCUAGCGUCACAACGGCGGAGCCCAGCUCAAUGGUGACUCCGACAGGUACAACAGGAUCGCCUACCACGCCUGUCCAAGCCCCAACCUCAGAACCGUCUAUCGGCAGCACGACAGACUCUGAGCGCGCCUCAGCUGAUACGACUCCUGCUACUAAAGAAGAACAAACAGGAAGCACGACAGAGGCAACCUCUCCAACAUUAACGACAUCGCAGGGAACACCAGCUACGCAACUCACUUCUACAAGGGCAGUGGCAGAUGAGACAUCUAGCGUCACAACGGCGAAACCCAGCUCAACGGUGACUGCCGCAGGUAAAACAGGAUCGCCUACCACGCCUGUCGAAGCGACAACCGCAGAACCCUCUAUCGGCAGCACGACAGAGUCUGAGCGCGCCUCAGGUGAUACGACUCCUGCUGCUAAAGAAGAACAAACAGGAAGCACGACAGAGGAAACCUCUCCAACAUUAACGACAUCGCAGGGAACACCAGCUACGCAACUCACUUCUACAAGAGCAGUGGCAGAUGAGACAUCUAGCGUCACAGCAGCGAAAUCCAGUUCAAUGGUGACUGCCGCAGGUAAAACAGGAUCGCCUACCACGCCUGUCGAAGCGACAACCGCAGAACCGUCUAUCGGCAGCACGACAGAGUCUGAGCGCGCCUCAGCUGAUACGACUCCUGCUGCUGCAAAAGAAGAACAAACGGGUAGCACGACAGAGGCAACCUCUCCAACAUUAACGACAUCGGAGGGAACACCAGCUACGCAAUCCACUUUUCCAAGAGCAGUGCCAGAUGAGACAUCUAGCGUCACAACGGCGGAACCCAGCUCAAUGGUGACUCCGACAGGUACAACAGGAUCGCCUACCACGCCUGUCGAAGCGACAACCGCAGAACCGUCUAUCGGCAGCACGACAGAGUCUGAGCGCGCCUCAGCUGAUACGACUCCUGCUGCUAGAGAAGAACAAACAGGAAGCACGACAGAGGAAACCUCUCUAACAUUAACGACAUCGCAGGGAACACCAGCUACGCAACUCACUUCUACAAGAGCAGUGGCAGAUAAGACAUCUAGCGUCACAGAUGCGAAAUCCAUCUCAGUGGUGACUGCUGCAGGUACAACAGGAUCGCCUAUCACGCCUGUCGAAGGGACAACCGCAGAACCGUCUAUCGGCAGCACGACAGAGUCUGAGCGCGGCUCAGCUGAUUCGACACCUGCCGCUGAAAAAGAACACACAGGAAGCACGACAGAGGCAACCUCUCCAACAUUAACGGCAUCGGAGGAAACACCAGCUACGCAACCCACUUCUACAAGAGCAGUGGCAGAUGAGACAUCUAGCGUCACAACGGCGAAACCCAGCUCAACGGUGACUGCCGCAGGUAAAACAGGAUCGCCUACCACGCCUGUCGAAGCGACAACCGCAGAACCGUCUAUCGGCAGCACGACAGAGUCUGAGCGCGCCUCAGCUGAUACGACUCCUGCUGCUAAAGAAGAACAAACAGGAAGCACGACAGAGGAAACCUCUCCAACAUUAACGACAUCGCAGGGAACACCAGCUACGCAACUCACUUCUACAAGAGCAGUGGCAGAUGAGACAUCUAGCGUCACAGCAGCGAAAUCCAGUUCAAUGGUGACUGCCGCAGGUAAAACAGGAUCGCCUACCACGCCUGUCGAAGCGACAACCGCACCGUCUAUCGGCAGCACGACAGAGUCUGAGCGCGCCUCAGCUGAUACGACUCCUGCUGCUGCAAAAGAAGAACAAACAGGAAGCACGACAGAGGAAACCUCUCCAACAUUAACGACAUCGCAGGGAACACCAGCUACGCAACUCACUUCUACAAGAGCAGUGGCAGAUGAGACAUCUAGCGUCACAGAGGCGAAAUCCAGCUCAGUGGUGACUGCCGCAGGUACAACAGGAUCGCCUAUCACGCCUGUCGAAGGGACAACCGCAGAACCGUCUAUCGGCAGCACUGCAGAGUCUGAGCGCGGCUCAGCUGAUUCGACACCUGCCGCUGCAAAAGAACACACAGGAAGCACGACAGAGGCAACCUCUCCAACAUUAACGGCAUCGGAGGAAACACCAGCUACGCAACCCACUUCUACAAGAGCAGUGGCAGAUGAGACAUCUAGCGUCACAACGGCGGAACCCAGCUCAAUGGUGACUCCGACAGGUACAACAGGAUCGCCUACCACGCCUGUCGAAGCGACAACCGCAGAACCGUCUAUCGGCAGCACGACAGAGUCUGAGCGCGCCUCAGCUGAUACGACUCCUGCUGCUAAAGAAGAACAAACAGGAAGCACGACAGAGGAAACCUCUCCAACAUUAACGACAUCGCAGGGAACACCAGCUACGCAACUCACUUCUACAAGGGCAGUGGCAGAUGAGACAUCUAGCGUCACAACGGCGAAACCCAGCUCAACGGUGACUGCCGCAGGUAAAACAGGAUCGCCUACCACGCCUGUCGAAGCGACAACUGCAGAACCGUCUAUCGGCAGCACGACAGAGUCUGAGCGCGCCUCAGCUGAUACGACUCCUGCUGCUAAAGAAGAACAAACAGGAAGCACGACAGAGGCAACCUCUCCAACAUUAACGACAUCGGAGGGAACACCAGCUACGCAACCCACUUUUCCAAGAGCAGUGCCGGAUGAGACAUCUAGCGUCACAACGGCGGAACCCAGCUCAAUGGUGACUCCGACAGGUACAACAGGAUCGCCUACCACGCCUGUCGAAGCGACAACCGCAGAACCGUCUAUCGGCCGCACGACAGAGUCUGAGCGCGCCUCAGCUGAUACGACUCCUGCUGCUGCAAAAGAACACACAGGAAGCACGACAGAGGCAACCUCUCCAACAUUAACUACGUCGGAGGGAACACCAGCUACGCAACCCACUUCUAGAAGAGCAGUGGCAGAUAAGACAUCUAGCGUCAUAACGGCGGAACCCAGCUCAGUGGUGACUGCCGCAGGUACAACAGGAUCACCUAUCACGCCUGUCGAAGGGACAACCGCAGAACCGUCUACAGGCAGCACGACAGACGUCACAACGGCGGAACCCAGCUCAAUGGUGACUCCGACAGGUACAACAGGAUCGCCUACCACGCCUGUCGAAGCGACAACCGCAGAACCGUCUAUCGGCAGCACGACAGAGUCUGAGCGCGCCUCAGCUGAUACAACUCCUGCUGCUGCAAAAGAACACACAGGAAGCACGACAGAGGCAACCUCUCCAACAUUAACUACGUCGGAGGGAACACCAGCUACGCAACCCACUUCUAGAAGAGCAGUGGCAGAUGAGACAUCUAGCGUCACAACGGCGGAACCCAGCUCAGUGGUGACUGCCGCAGGUACAACAGGAUCGCCUACCACGCCUAUCGAAGCGACAACCGCAGAACCGUCUAUCGGCAGCACGACAGAGUCUGAGCGCGCCUCAGCUGAUACGACUCCUGCUGCUGCAAAAGAACACACAGGAAGCACGACAGAGGCAACCUCUCCAACAUUAACUACGUCAGAGGGAACACCAGCUACGCAACCCACUUCUAGAAGAGCAGUGGCAGAUGAGACAUCUAGCGUCACAACGGCGGAACCCAGCUCAGUGGUGACUGCCGCAGGUACAACAGGAUCACCUAUCACGCCUGUCGAAGGGACAACCGCAGAACCGUCUAUCGGCAGCACGACAGAGUCUGAGCGCGGCUCAGCUGAUUCGACACCUGCCGCUGCAAAAGAACACACAGGAAGCACUACAGAGGCAAACUCUCCAACAUUAACGGCAUCGGAGGAAACACCAGCUACGCAACCCACUUCUACAGGAGGAGUGGCAGAUGAGACAUCUAGCGUCACAACGGCGGAACCCAGCUCAAUGGUGACUCCGACAGGUACAACAGGAUCGCCUACCACGCCUAUCGAAGCGACAACCGCAGAACCGUCUAUCGGCAGCACGACAGAGUCUGAGCGCGGCUCAGCUGAUUCGACACCUGCCGCUGCAAAAGAACACACAGGAAGCACGACAGAGGCAACCUCUCCAACAUUAACGGCAUCGGAGGAAACACCAGCUACGCAACCCACUUCUACAAGAGCAGUGGCAGAUGAGACAUCUAGCGUCACAACGGCGGAACCCAGCUCAAUGGUGACUCUGACAGGUACAACAGGAUCGCCUACCACGCCUGUCGAAGCGACAACCGCAGAACCGUCCAUCGGCAGCACGACAGACUCUGAGCGCGCCUCAGCUGAUACGACUCCUGCUGCUAAAGAAGAACAAACAGGAAGCACGACAGAGGCAACCUCUCCAACAUUAACGACAUCGCAGGGAACACCAGCUACGCAACCCACUUCUACAAGAGCAGUGGCAGAUGGGAUAUCUAGCGUCACAACGGCGAAACCCAGCUCAACGGUGACUACCGGAGGUAAAACAGGAUCGCCUACCACGCCUGUCGAAGCGACAACCGCAGAACCGUCUAUCGGCAGCACGACAGAGUCUGAGCGCGCCUCAGCUGAUACGACUCCUGCUGCUGCAAAAGAAGAACAAACGGGUAGCACGACAGAGGCAACCUCUCCAACAUUAAUGACAUCGGAGGGAACACCAGCUACGCAACCCACUUUUCCAAGAGCAGUGCCAGAUGAGACAUCUAGCGUCACAGAGGCGAAAUCCAGCUCAAUGGUGACUGCCUCAGGUACAACAGGAUCGCCUACCACGCCUAUCGAAGCGACAACCGCAGAACCGUCUAUCGGCAGCACGACAGAGUCUGAGCGCGCCUCAGCUGAUACGACUCCUGCUGCUGCAAAAGAACACACAGGAAGCACGACAGAGGCAACCUCUCCACCAUUAUCUACGUCGGAGGGAACACCAGCUACGCAACCCACUUCUACAAGAGCAGUGGCAGAUGAGACAUCUAGCGUCACAACGGCGGAACCCAGCUCAAUGGUGACUCCGACAGGUACAACAGGAUCGCAUACCACGCCUGUCCAAGUGACAACCGCAGAACAUUCUAUCGGCAGCACGACAGAGUCUGAGCGCGCCUCAGCUGAUACGACUCUUGCUGCUAAAGAAGAACAAACAGGAAGCACGACAGAGGAAACCUCUCUAACAUUAACGACAUCGCAGGGAACACCAGCUACGCAACUCACUUCUACAAGAGCAGUGGCAGACAAGACAUCUAGCGUCACAGAGGCGAAAUCCAUCUCAGUGGUGACUGCUGCAGGUACAACAGGAUCGCCUAUCACGCCUGUCGAAGGGACAACCGCAGAACCGUCUAUCGGCAGCACGACAGACUCUGAGCGCGGCUUAGCUGAUUCGACACCUGCCGCUGAAAAAGAACACACAGGAAGCACGACAGAGGCAACCUCUCCAACAUUAACGGCAUCGGAGGAAACACCAGCUACGCAACCCACUUCUACAAGAGCAGUGGCAGAUGAGACAUCUAGCGUCACAACGGCGGAACCCAGCUCAAUGGUGACUCCGACAGGUACAACAGGAUCGCCUACCACGCCUGUCGAAGCGACAACCGCAGAAUCGUCUAUCGGCAGCACGACAGACUCUGAGCGCGCCUCAGCUGAUACGACUCCUGCUGCUAAAGAAGAACAAACAGGAAGCACGACAGAGGAAACCUCUCCAACAUUAACGACAUCGCAGGGAACACCAGCUACGCAACUCACUUCUACAAGGGCAGUGGCAGAUGAGACAUCUAGCGUCACAACGGCGAAACCCAGCUCAACGGUGACUGCCGCAGGUAAAACAGGAUCGCCUACCACGCCUGUCGAAGCGACAACCGCAGAACCGUCUAUCAGCAGCACGACAGAGUCUGAGCGCGCCUCAGCUGAUACGACUCCUGCUGCUAAAGAAGAACAAACAGGAAGCACGACAGAGGAAACCUCUCCAACAUUAACGACAUCGCAGGGAACACCAGCUACGCAACUCACUUCUACAAGAGCAGUGGCAGAUGAGACAUCUAGCGUCACAGCAGCGAAAUCCAGUUCAAUGGUGACUGCCGCAGGUAAAACAGGAUCGCCUACCACGCCUGUCGAAGCGACAACCGCAGAACCGUCUAUCGGCAGCACGACAGAGUCUGAGCGCGCCUCAGCUGAUACGACUCCUGCUGCUGCAAAAGAAGAACAAACGGGUAGCACGACAGAGGCAACCUCUCCAACAUUAACGACAUCGGAGGGAACACCAGCUACGCAAUCCACUUUUCCAAGAGCAGUGCCAGAUGAGACAUCUAGCGUCACAACGGCGGAACCCAGCUCAAUGGUGACUCCGACAGGUACAACAGGAUCGCAUACCACGCCUGUCCAAGUGACAACCGCAGAACCGUCUAUCGGCAGCACGACAGAGUCUGGGCGCGCCUCAGCUGAUACGACUCCUGCUGCUAAAGAAGAACAAACAGGAAGCACGACAGAGGAAACCUCUCCAACAUUAACGACAUCGCAGGGAACACCAGCUACGCAACUCACUUCUACAAGAGCAGUGGCAGAUGAGACAUCUAGCGUCACAGAGGCGAAAUCCAGCUCAGUGGUGACUGCCGCAGGUACAACAGGAUCGCCUAUCACGCCUGUCGAAGGGACAACCGCAGAACCGUCUAUCGGCAGAACGACAGAGUCUGAGCGCGGCUCAGCUGAUUCGACACCUGCCGCUGCAAAAGAACACACAGGAAGCACGACAGAGGCAACCUCUCCAACAUUAACGGCAUCGGAGGAAACACCAGCUACGCAACCCACUUCUACAAGAGCAGUGGCAGAUGAGACAUCUAGCGUCACAACGGCGGAACCCAGCUCAAUGGUGACUCCGACAGGUACAACAGGAUCGCCUACCACGCCUGUCGAAGCGACAACCGCAGAACCGUCUAUCGGCAGCACGACAGAGUCUGAGCGCGCCUCAGCUGAUACGACUCCUGCUGCUAAAGAAGAACAAACAGGAAGCACGACAGAGGAAACCUCUCCAACAUUAACGACAUCGCAGGGAACACCAGCUACGCAACUCACUUCUACAAGGGCAGUGGCAGAUGAGACAUCUAGCGUCACAACGGCGAAACCCAGCUCAACGGUGACUGCCGCAGGUAAAACAGGAUCGCCUACCACGCCUGUCGAAGCGACAACUGCAGAACCGUCUAUCGGCAGCACGACAGAGUCUGAGCGCGCCUCAGCUGAUACGACUCCUGCUGCUAAAGAAGAACAAACAGGAAGCACGACAGAGGCAACCUCUCCAACAUUAACGACAUCGGAGGGAACACCAGCUACGCAACCCACUUUUCCAAGAGCAGUGCCAGAUGAGACAUCUAGCGUCACAACGGCGGAACCCAGCUCAAUGGUGACUCCGACAGGUACAACAGGAUCGCCUACCACGCCUGUCGAAGCGACAACCGCAGAACCGUCUAUCGGCAGCACGACAGAGUCUGAGCGCGCCUCAGCUGAUACGACUCCUGCUGCUGCAAAAGAACACACAGGAAGCACGACAGAGGCAACCUCUCCAACAUUAACUACGUCGGAGGGAACACCAGCUACGCAACCCAUUUCUAGAAGAGCAGUGGCAGAUGAGACAUCUAGCGUCAUAAAGGCGGAACCCAGCUCAGUGGUGACUGCCGCAGGUACAACAGGAUCACCUAUCACGCCUGUCGAAGGGACAACCGCAGAACCGUCUAUAGGCAGCACGACAGAGUCUGAGCGCGGCUCAGCUGAUUCGACACCUGCCGCUGCAAAAGAACACACAGGAAGCACUACAGAGGCAAACUCUCCAACAUUAACGCCAUCGGAGGAAACACCAGCUACGCAACCCACUUCUACAGGAGGAGUGGCAGAUGAGACAUCUAGCGUCACAACGGCGGAACCCAGCUCAAUGGUGACUCCGACAGGUACAACAGGAUCGCCUACCACGCCUGUCGAAGCGACAACCGCAGAACCGUCUAUCGGCAGCACGACAGAGUCUGAGCGCGCCUCAGCUGAUACAACUCCUGCUGCUGCAAAAGAACACACAGGAAGCACGACAGAGGCAACCUCUCCAACAUUAACUACGUCGGAGGGAACACCAGCUACGCAACCCACUUCUAGAAGAGCAGUGGCAGAUGAGACAUCUAGCGUCACAACGGCGGAACCCAGCUCAGUGGUGACUGCCGCAGGUACAACAGGAUCGCCUACCACGCCUGUCGAAGCGACAACCGCAGAACCGUCUAUCGGCAGCACGACAGAGUCUGAGCGCGCCUCAGCUGAUACGACUCCUGCUGCUGCAAAAGAACACACAGGAAGCACGACAGAGGCAAACUCUCCAACAUUAACGGCAUCGGAGGAAACACCAGCUACGCAACCCACUUCUACAGGAGCAGUGGCAGAUGAGACAUCUAGCGUCACAACGGCGGAACCCAGCUCAAUGGUGACUCCGACAGGUACAACAGGAUCGCCUACCACGCCUAUCGAAGCGACAACCGCAGAACCGUCUAUCUGCAGCACGACAGAGUCUGAGCGCGGCUCAGCUGAUUCGACACCUGCCGCUGCAAAAGAACACACAGGAAGCACGACAGAGGCAACCUCUCCAACAUUAACGGCAUCGGAGGAAACACCAGCUACGCAACCCACUUCUACAAGAGCAGUGGCAGAUGAGACAUCUAGCGUCAAAACGGCGGAACCCAGCUCAAUGGUGACUCCGACAGGUACAACAGGAUCGCCUACCACGCCUGUCGAAGCGACAACCGCAGAACCGUCUAUCGGCAGCACGACAGAGUCUGAGCGCGCCUCAGCUGAUACGACUCCUGCUGCUGCAAAAGAACACACAGGAAGCACGACAGAGGCAAACUCUCCAACAUUAACGGCAUCGGAGGAAACACCAGCUACGCAACCCACUUCUACAGGAGCAGUGGCAGAUGAGACAUCUAGCGUCACAACGGCGGAACCCAGCUCAAUGGUGACUCCGACAGGUACAACAGGAUCGCCUACCACGCCUGUCGAAGCGACAACCGCAGAACCGUCUAUCGGCAGCACGACAGACUCUGAGCGCGCCUCAGCUGAUACGACUCCUGCUGCUAAAGAAGAACAAACAGGAAGCACGACAGAGGCAACCUCUCCAACAUUAACGACAUCGCAGGGAACACCAGCUACGCAACCCACUUCUACAAGAGCAGUGGCAGAUGGGAUAUCUAGCGUCACAACGGCGAAACCCAGCUCAACGGUGACUGCCGGAGGUAAAACAGGAUCGCCUACCACGCCUGUCGAAGCGACAACCGCAGAACCGUCUAUCGGCAGCACGACAGAGUCUGAGCGCGCCUCAGCUGAUACGACUCCUGCUGCUGCAAAAGAAGAACAAACGGGUAGCACGACAGAGGCAACCUCUCCAACAUUAAUGACAUCGGAGGGAACACCAGCUACGCAACCCACUUUUCCAAGAGCAGUGCCAGAUGAGACAUCUAGCGUCACAGAGGCGAAAUCCAGCUCAAUGGUGACUGCCUCAGGUACAACAGGAUCGCCUACCACGCCUAUCGAAGCGACAACCGCAGAACCGUCUAUCGGCAGCACGACAGAGUCUGAGCGCGCCUCAGCUGAUACGACUCCUGCUGCUGCAAAAGAACACACAGGAAGCACGACAGAGGUAACCUCUCCACCAUUAUCUACGUCGGAGGGAACACCAGCUACGCAACCCACUUCUACAAGAGCAGUGGCAGAUGAGACAUCUAGCGUCACAACGGCGGAACCCAGCUCAAUGGUGACUCCGACAGGUACAACAGGAUCGCCUACCACGCCUGUCGAAGCGACAACCGCAGAACCGUCUAUCGGCAGCACGACAGAGUCUGAGCGCGCCUCUGCUGAUACGACUCCUGCUGCUAAAGAAGAACAAACAGGAAGCACGACAGAGGAAACCUCUCCAACAUUAAGGACAUCGCAGGGAACACCAGCUACGCAACCCACUUCUACAAGAGCAGUGGCAGAUGGGAUAUCUAGCGUCACAACGGCGAAACCCAGCUCAACGGUGACUGCAGCAGGUAAAACAGGAUCGCCUACCACGCCUGUCGAAGCGACAACCGCAGAACCGUCUAUCGGCAGCACGACAGAGUCUGAGCGCGCCUCUGCUGAUACGACUCCUGCUGCUAAAGAAGAACAAACAGGAAGCACGACAGAGGAAACCUCUCCAACAUUAACGACAUCGCAGGGAACACCAGCUACGCAACUCACUUCUACAAGAGCAGUGGCAGAUGAGACAUCUAGCGUCACAGCAGCGAAAUCCAGUUCAAUGGUGACUGCCGCAGGUAAAACAGGAUCGCCUACCACGCCUGUCGAAGCGACAACCGCAGAACCGUCUAUCGGCAGCACGACAGAGUCUGAGCGCGCCUCAGCUGAUACGACUCCAGCUGCUGCAAAAGAAGAACAAACGGGUAGCACGACAGAGGCAACCUCUCCAACAUUAAUGACAUCGGAGGGAACACCAGCUACGCAACCCACUUUUCCAAGAGCAGUGCCAGAUGAGACAUCUAGCGUCACAGAGGCGAAAUCCAGCUCAGUGGUAACUGCCUCAAGUACAACAGGAUCGCCUAUCAGGCCUGUCGAAGGGACAACCGCAGAACCGUCUAUCGGCAGCACGACAGAGUCUGAGCGCGGCUCAGCUGAUGCGACACCUGCCGCUGCAAAAGAACACACAGGAAGCACGACAGAGGCAACCUCUCCACCAUUAUCUACGUCGGAGGGAACACCAGAUACGCAACCCACUUCUACAAGAGCAGUGGCAGAUGAGACAUCUUGCGUCACAACGGCGGAACCCAGCUCAAUGGUGACUCCGACAGGUACAACAGGAUCGCCUACCACGCCUAUCGAAGCGACAACUGCAGAACCGUCUAUCGGCAGCACGACAGAGUCUGAGCGCGCCUCAGCUGAUACGACUCCUGCUGCUGCAAAAGAACACACAGGAAGCACGACAGAGGCAACCUCUCCACCAUUAUCUACGUCGGAGGGAACACCAGCUACGCAAUCCACUUCUACAAGAGCAGUGGCAGAUGAGACAUCUAGCGUCACAACGGCGGAACCCAGCUCAAUGGUGACUCCGACAGGUGCAACAGGAUCGCCUACCACGCCUGUCGAAGCGACAACCGCAGAACCGUCUAUCGGCAGCACGACAGAGUCUGAGCGCGCCUCAGCUGAUACGACUCCUGCUGCUGCAAAAGAACACACAGGAAGCACGACAGAGGCAACCUCUCCAACAUUAACUACGUCGGAGGGAACACCAGCUACGCAACCCACUUCUAGAAGAGCAGUGGCAGAUGAGACAUCUAGCGUCACAAUGGCGGAACCCAGCUCAGUGGUGACUGCCGCAGGUACAACAGGAUCGCCUAUCACGCCUGUCGAGGGGACAACCGCAGAACCGUCUAUCGGCAGAACGACAGACGUCACAACGGCGGAACCCAGCUCAAUGCACGACAGACGCUGA